AUGACAAUCAAGUACAAGAGACACCCCCACCCAAUCGGCUUUUCCAUCUCCGAUCCACUUCCCCAUCUCGACUCGGAUUCGUGUCCAUUCGACAAAGGAUCAUCUUCUGAAACCAUGACUGUUCCGCUUCAAAAUCGACUGCUCAAAGCUCUUCUUGUGAUCGUCUUUGUGAGCUGUGGCCUUCUGCUCGGGACCACGUACCGAGUACAGAGUAUUGAUGAUUCGCUUGCUCAAGGUCAGACAAAGACCCUCUUUAACUUGAGUGUUGAUGCCAACGAUCGUAAGUUCCUCCCUUUAGCGCAUAGUUUAGCACAAUGAGCACUGAGUUUACAGCAACGUUGACAUACAUCGCAGUCGGCGGUGGAAUAGUUCAAAUGUCAAAGUUUCACAAGGAAAACUUUACAUAUGUGGAGCAUGAGGACCCAAAGUUUUUGAUGAAAUCGUGUGUUCAGGCGAGCUUCAAUCUUUAAUAACAGUUUCAGAUUCACAUGUAAAGUUGAAGAAUGGAACAAAGUUCACACAGAUCGAUUACCGAACGCCGAAGAGCACGCAGAGUGGAUGAGAAGGAAUAUUAGCAGAAAGGUAUGUGUUUGAAAGUCUAUAUCUCGAGAACUAUUCAUUUUUUGAAAAAGAUAGUGUUUCUUCUAAACAGUACUUUUAGUGUCAGUUCUGAAACAUUUUCACCUAGUUACAAUCUUUUACGAUCCAGAAUUCGUCCUAAAGUAACGACGAAUAGUACCUCCAAAGAACGUUUCCUUUUCAGAAUUACCUGUAUCACACAUCUCCAAGUCCGUUUGCCGCCUUCGUCCACGAUGAACAUAUCACGGUUACGCUGAGCGCCGAAAAUAUGUUUGGGUGAGUACCAUUUACAGUUAUCGCUAAAAAAAGAAGUUAUUUAUCUCACAGAAAGACGGUCUUCUGCCGGUACUACGACUGCAACCGCCGGGAACUGCCCGAGGUGUUCCAGUCGCGAGUGUUCCCCGAGUCGACAGUCUAUUGCGGGCGACGAAUCGGAGCAAAGUUCGUCUCGAUCACGCAGGGGGUUGAUGACGUGGCAGAGCCGCCGGUGCCACUUCACAGUCGAAUCACUCAUGGCGGACCGCAGCACUAUUUCACAGUUUGUAUGGCGACGCUCUACGGGGAGGAGCCGAAGUUUGUGCAAAUUGUGGACUUUAUCGAGCAUCACAAACUGCAAGGCGCCACCUUCUUCCACAUUUACCUGCGAAACGUGUCGGCUUACGAUCGGAUGCUCCUGGAUGACUACGUGCGAACCGGUGAAAUCGAGUUGAUCGUGCUGAAUGACAAGUACUGGAGGGCCGAUUUCAUGUGGCACAUGAUGCAGAUCAAUGUCAGCUUGAUGUCUUCCGGAACUCCACAAAAACUGGAUCUUUUAGGAUUGUCACAUGAGAAAUGUCAACUUUGCAAAGUGGACCGCACUUCUCGACAGUGACGAGCGGUUGGAAAUGAGGAUGGACAAUUGGAGAGUGGUGGACUAUCUUGAGUAAGUACAUACCUUUCUAAAGCAAGACGGUCCCUAUCAGUUUUUCAGCACAAUCACCAAUCCGAACGUGAACAACCUGCAGUUCAGUGUUCAGUGGGUUCUCAAGGAUGAGGGCUCGCCCGCCAGAUUCGAGAAUGACUCGCAAUUUGUGCAAAAUCUCGUGUUCCAACGCUUCCAUAAUACGUCGAGGAUUGCCAACUAUUGGGUGCAGCCGAAAAGUGUCAUUCGUCCGGAGAGGGUAGGGAUAUCGAAAAGUUGUCAACUGAUGAGUUGCUCAAAAAGACAUUGUGUACACUUUCUCAGUUGACAACUUUUCUAUAACUCCACUGACAGCAGAGAUGCACUGCUUUGAAUAGACACUACGUAUUAGUGUGUCCUCUCUUUUCCAGAUCGCCGCAAUGACAAUCCACGCGCCGUUGGCAGUAUACAAAGGAUUCAUCAAAACGUUUGUGAACAGCACAAUCGGAGUCAUCCGGCACUACCGAAACAUCGAGGGAGGCGCUCUGAUCAACAAUAAUCAUCGGGCGUUCGAGAUGGGACCGUACAACACGACACAUCUGGAGCCGGACUUUGAGAAGAAGUUAACUGACGCGGUGAGCUCUCGAGUACCAUUUCAGCCCUAAUUUAUACAUGAUUCACUUUCAGUGUUUACGGCGAGUGAAACAAGUGUACGAUACGGUCUCUUAUUCUUGUGACAUGAUACAGGAAAUGUACCAUAUUCACGGACUGACCCAUGCGUGUUAUAUCCAACAAUUACGGGAGAAAAAGCGGAAGAGGAAGACUCUCAUCUAG